AUGCCUACUUUAGGACACAACAAAUAUAGAGAAAGUAUAAAUACAUUUAUAGACGACACUAGAAAUUAUAAGAGAAAAUCAAUCGAUGAACAAGAUGACUAUUCAAUUGUUGAAGAUUUGCUUUAUCUAAAAAAUGAAGGAAAUGAAGAAUUCUAUAAUGUUAAAAAUGGAAACUUUUAUCCUAAUCUAGAAUUAAAGUCAUCUCGCAACAGUGGAAUAAAUAUUAAAUUGAAUCGAAAUAAUCACUUUAUAGAAAAUAAAAAUAUUAAUGAAAUAAAUAAUGUUAACAAUUAUAAAAAUCAUAACGAAAAAAACGAUCAUAGUUUCGAGUCCCCUUUAAACGAACUUCAAAGAUACCAACUUACAUUACUCAAAAGAGGAAAUCAACAUAAUCCUAAAUUACAAAAAGAAAUAGAAGAAAAUAAUAAAAUCAAUAAUACAAUAAAUCUGCAACACUCUGGAAAAUACAAAGAUAAAAAUAUAGUGAAUGAUAUAGAUAUAAGUAUUAAAAAGAAUACAGCCAAUUUAAAUAAUACAAAAGGGUUAAAAAUUCAAGAAAAAUCGAUAACAAAUAAAAAUGAUAAUAACAAUCACUUGAGAUAUAAAGGAAUGUAUGAAACCCCAAUAUCUAAUAAUAAUUUUUCUCAUUCUUGGAAAAAUAUUGAAAAUGAAAAAAAAAUGAAAUGUGAAAAUUUUAUAAAUAGCUAUGAAAAAAUUAAGGGGUCAUUUGAAAUAAAAAAGGAUAACGACAGUAGACACGAUAAUACGCUAGAAUAUCAUGAUAUAAUUAAAAAAAGAAAUAUAAAAAAUGAAAGAUCAGAUAAUGAAGAUGUAGAAAAUGAUUCUAUGAGUAAAGACAUAAAGAAAUAUAAUAAUAACAUCAAAAUAAAUGAACGAUACAAAAAAAUUAAUGAAACUGGAAUAGAAGAAAUGGAGAUUAAAAAGAAAGAUAUAAAUGGUAUGGAUAAUAAUUAUGGAAAUUAUAUUAUACAAGUGAAAAAUAAAAAAAAUAAUGGAGAUAAACAUUUAGAUGAAAAUUAUGAUGAAAAUAAAAAAAGCAUUUUAUAUGAUAGUUUACACAAAAAUACAAUAAAAGACAUAUCAAAAAAUGGAUAUAAAAUGGAAUAUAAUUAUAUAAUGCCAACGAGAGAUAAAUAUUAUAAAGGCAUGUUAGAUGAAUCUGAUAGUAAAGGUCAAGAACCUAAAAACAUUACAUAUACAAAUCAAAAUUAUAGAAACAAUAACAAAUAUGAUGAAAAUCACAAUAGAAGCACAAGCAACAAAAUAAACAUUGAUUUAUCUGUAUCAUAUAAAAGUGAUCAAAAUAAUAUUAUGAGCAAUUCUAAUAAAACAAAAAACAAAAUAAAAGAUGAAGAGCAUAAAGAAGCAAAUACUUUAAAUAUUUCUGCCAAAAAAAAUAGUGCACAUACUCAAGAUGAGCAAGAAAUAAAAAUUACAAACAAAAAUAAAGCAAAUACCCAUAACAUAAGUACCAGUGGGUAUAGAAAUGUGAGUAAGCCAACCAGUAAAUCCGUGAAUCAUAACGUGCAAGAUAAUAACUACUUAAGCGUUAAGGAAAAAAAUAGCCAAAGUGAAAGAAAACAAACUAAUAUAUCACGUAGUGUAACCCCAAAUAGAAGCAAUAAAAAUGGAAGUAUAAGCUCAAAGAUAAAAAAUGAUAAUACUAUGACAUACCUUACAUAUGAAGAUAUACAAAAUUUUGAAUUUGAAUUAAGUGUUGAUAAUAUAAAUGAUAUGAUAACAAAAUUACUUGAAAUUACAAAAGAUCAAGAAUGGAAACAACAAAUAGAGAAUUUAAUUAAUCUUCGAACUAUUUUAAAAUAUCAUGAUACAUUAUUUUUUAAUAAUUUUAUGAAAGACUUAAGAAAAAUAUGUAGAUCAAUAGUAGAAUUAUUAAAUAGUCCUAGAUCAUGUGUAUCAAAAAAUGCAUUAUUAUGUUUAACGGAGUUUUAUUCUAUAGGAAAAAAAAAAAUGGAUUGUACUUUAGAUGAUGUUGUUAUGCCAUGUUUAAAGAAAGCAUUUCAAACAUCUAAUGAUUUUUUAAGUACUGCUGCAAAUAAUUCAUUAUUAUCUAUUUGUAAUUCCUGUAGUGAAAGUAAACUUAUUGCCUACUUUGUCAAGAUAAUCACAUUAAAGCAGAAAACCUACAAUCUUAUAUGUUUAAAGUGCUUAAUUGCUGUUAUUAUUAAGUUUGAAGAAAACAUUUCAAAAUAUAAAGAACUUAACAAGUUAAUCGAAGCACUUUUAGAGUGUACAUCCGUUGGAAGUGCUGAAAUAAAAUGCACAGCAAGAGUAGCAUUGGUCGUUCUAGACAACAUAUGCCCAAUUCAACCUAUUAGUUCCAAAUUACAUAUUUGCCCCGAAAAGAUAAAAAAGAUAAUAAAUUUGAUAGAUAGAACAUCCGAAUGUGAAAUCGAUUCAGUGCUGGGAAAAAUUAAGUUUAAUUAA